AUGGUCUUAAAGAAGGAUGAUCAGUGGCGACCGUGCGGUGACUAUCGUAGGCUCAAUUCCGUGACGGAGCCGGAUCGUUAUCCGGUCCCUCAUUUGCACGAUUUUUCUGCUCAGCUCGCUGACGAUAUUCUCAUUGCCUCAACUAAUUUUGUUGAGCAUGAGAAUCAUCUCGAUGAAGAUUUUCGUCGACUUAAACAUUUCGGCUUACGCGUAAAUGUCAGCAAGUGUCAAUUCGGACAGAGCGAAUUGGAGUUUUUGGGCCAUGUUGUUAGUCAUCGAGGUUUUCGACCUACGUCUGAAAAAGUGGAAGCUAUUAAAUCUUAUCCGAGACCAAAAACCAUUACCGAACAACGUCGCUUUUUGGGUUUCCCUAAUUUUUAUCGUCGAAGUAUUCAUCAUGCGGCUCACACUUUGGCACCUCUUAAUGAUUUGCUUGUCGGAUCUAAGAAGAAGAAUGAUAAAACACCGUUGAUUUGGACGCUUGAGGCUGAUGCUGCUUUUGAGCAGAUCAGGGACGUUGUAGCUAGGGCUGUACUUCUUUUUCAUCCGGAGCCUAAUGCUGACACUCGAUUGAUUACCGAUGCUUCUGAUUUUGGGAUGGAUACUGCCUUGGAGCAAAUUUUUGAGUCGAUUAAACAUUUUCGUCAUUUUCUCGAGGGUCGUAACUUUCAUAUAGUUACUGAUCAUAAGCCACUCAUUUUUGCUUAUAAACAGCAGUCAGGAAAAGCAUCUCCUCGUCAACAACGUCAACUUUCUUAUAUCUCUGAGUUUUCAACAUCCAUUGAGCAUUGUCACGGAUCGGACAAAGUUAUCGCUGAUGCGUUGUCAAGGAUCGAGUCCAUUGGUUUUGCUCCUGAGAUCAGUUUAUCCGAACUUGCUGCUGCCCAGGUUUCGGAUGAGGGUUUGCGUUUUGGAUCGUACCAUCCGGAAGAACCUGAGGCCGUUCCCAUCAAAAAUAUUGAGGCUGUUACCAUCGCACACGCAUUCACGAGUACCUGGAUUUCGAGAUUUGAAACGCCCCCAACGGUGACGACCGAUCAGGGCACCCAAUUCGAAUCCAGGCUAUUCACUGGCCUGCUUCAAUUUUCCGGAUGUCGCAGAGUUCGUCCCUCCGCUUACCAUCCCGCAUUCAACGGUAUAGUGGAGCGUUGGCACAGAUCUCUGAAGGCAUCCAUAAUGUGCCAUUCCUCAUCUAGAUGGACCACAGUUUUACCUGCUGACCUUUUGGGACUACGAACAUCAGUCAUGAACUGUGGGGCCUCUCCUGCUGAACUGGUUCGAGCUCUUAAGAAGCCUCUUCAAUUUCCUUACGCCGGACCUUAUCGAGUUGUUAAUUGCACGUCUGAACGCGUCUUUGAGAUUGAUGUUGAUGGCUCAUUGAAGCAAAUAUCAGUCGAGAACCUCAAGCCAGCAUAUUCUGUCGUUGACUCGUCGGAAAUUAUUGAAUCGGAUUUGCCAUCAACAAUACCUGUUAAUCUAAAUUUUAAUAAAAACAAUUCUUCGGAAGCUGUUGACUCGGCGCUUAAGAUUGUUCAGUCAAUGACGAUUUUGUAUGUGACGGAUAUUUUUUCCGAUAUAAGUCUACAACUUGCAGUAUGA